AGAAAACGGUAAAUGUGCUACAUGUACAAGGCGAAAACAGUUCAACAAUAGCCGGUGGAAAGAAUGCACAUUUUUAUCAACUGGAAUGUAAAACCGCCGGAUCAUUUAUGGCAUCUGUUAACUCUAGUCUCCAGAUAGCAAACCCAGCAAAAAACGUAUAUGAAAAUGUAACCAGGAAACCAACUGAUCCAACCACAUCGACAAGUCUAGCCAUUACAGACAGAAAAGGAAAAACACCGAAUGAAGUUCACAUUGGGGAUCCACUAUUAUUACAAAUAACUGGACCAGCCUUAUAUACAGUCGAACCAAUUAAAUGUACUGCCAAUAGUGCAUUAUCUCUGAAAAAUGAUUACGUUCUGUGGACAAAUGAUACAUGUUCUUCGAAGGAUGAAGCUGUGAUAGAAGGUGUCUGGAAAAAAGUCAACUCAUCACAUAAUAAAAUCACAAUACAAAUGUAUGGUUUUCGAUUUGUGGACUCCGAUACAGUGCUGGUCAAAUGUACUGCCUUGUUUUGUCCUCAAGGCGUACCAUGCUCUUCAAAUAGCUGUGUGACUGGGCAAGGUACUGUAAAAGGUAGGAAGAAAAGAGAUGCCGGUGUAGAAACUAAAUCAGAGAAUGGCUACAUGCAAAAACAUAUCUCUACUUCGUUCAGAGUUACUGACAACAGAAUGGAAACAAGUACUAGUUCAGGUACAUUUGCAAGUGUUUUUACAUAUGUUACAGCCUUUGCGUUGAUGGUAGCGCUAAAAUGAAACGGCAACCAAUCCCAUUUUAAUUCAUAAAGACAGAAAGACAUUUAACAUUUACAUAUUUCAUUUCAUAUUGUUAUCCAUGUCAUGUUAUGUAAUGUAAAUAUUGUAGAAUAAAUGAAUGUGAACAUGUUUGCUGUAAAUUAAAUCAACUGAAGUCGAGCAGAACAGUUUUAGUAAGAACUUUAGUAAGUAAUGAAUCAUACUUCAUGUGGGCAUGCUUUUAUAGUAACUGCUUGCACACCUGUGUUGAUUUAUUUAUCACUGUCAUUUUGUUUAGUUACUUCUGUUAACAAUUCCGACAUCGGACUUGGACUUCCUUUGAACUGAGUUUUCCUGUGCAUAUUAUUGUGUGGUUUUUUUUUCUACAUGGGAUAGAUGUAAUAGGGAGAUUAAACCCAGUCACAUAUUUGCGCCUGUUCGAAGUUAGGAGCCUUUGGUAUUGUUAGUUUUGUUUUUAGUUUUACUUCAUCGAUAUGUUUUGGAGUUCGUUGUGAUAUCCAUUAUCACUGACCUAGUACACAAUUUCUUUUUGGGGCCAGCUGUUUUGAUGACCCUUUGGUGGCCUUGUGCUGUUUUCUGAUCUUUGGUCGGGUUAUUGGCUCGUUGCCUUUUCCCCAUUUUCAUUCUUACUAUUAUAUAUACUGGGUGUAUACAAUUGUAUUUCAAAGUAUUAUACUUACAUAGUAGAAAACAUUACAAGUCAAUGAAUUAAAAAGGUCUAUGUUUUGAUAUGAUAAUUUUUGUGUUUGCUAUCACCUUUGGCAUGUAUCAUGCUUUAUAAACUUGUUUGGUGCUCUAUUCAAGCAUAUUAACAUGUUUAAUGUGUCUUGAUUUCUAUAUUAUCAUAAAAUUUGAGAUACACACCUUGUUUUGUAGUCUUACGGUUUCUGUGUUAUAUUUUAUGGACCAUUGUUUGCUUUUUAUAAGUCAUCUGUUACUUCAGUGUCUGUUUGUCUUCGACUGAUGAUUU